UUGUCUAUCGCGUGCGCAGAAGCUGUGUUUAUUUUGUUCUGCACAUGCGCAAGGUGUAACUACCCGGCGCGAUAUGAUGACGUAGUGGUUGGAGGUUACUGGGAAACCAUCAAGAAAAGUGACAGAGAAAUGAGUUGCACACUUGAAAAAGUGCUGUCUGACGCAAAAGCCCUCGUGGAGCGGUUACGAGAGCAUGAUGGAGCUGCAGAAGCCCUUAUUGAGCAAACCACAGUGCUCAACAAACGCGUUGAAGCUAUGAAACAGUACCAAGAGGAAAUCCAAGAGCUGAAUGAAGUAGCCCGACAUCGGCCUCGCUCCACUCUGGUGUUGGGUAUCCAGCAGGAGAACCGUCAGAUCAGAGCAUUACAGCAAGAGAAUAAAGAAUUACGGACAUCUCUUGAAGAGCAUCAGUCAGCGCUGGAGCUUAUCAUGAGCAAAUACAGAGAGCAGAUGUUCAGGCUGCUGAUGACCAGCAAGAAGGAGGAUCCUGGAAUCGUUAUGAAGUUGAAGGAGCAGCAUUCCAAGGAUUUGCAGACGCAUGUUGAAAAGAUCAGUGAAAUGACAGCAGUGAUGAAACGCGCUAUUGAGAUUGAUGACCAGCAGGGAACUAGCGAGUACGAUCGUAUCCUAAAGCUUGAGCAAGAAAACAAAGGCUUGCGAGAAAUCCUUCAGAUCACCAGAGAAUCGUUUCUAAAUCUGCGAAUGGAAGAGUUACCAGAAAAUACGUCUCUUUCAGCGGUUGCUCAUAGCACGGAUAUGAACUUAAGGAAAAACUGAAAAGCCUGCAAGCUCCUGUUUUCGAUCGGAGAGUAUGUGACAAGCAGUCUUACAAGAGACAUUAGCCAAAUUAUGUGAACAAAUUAUAUUUUAAACAGACUGUUUUGCCCUAUAUUUUUACAUUCACACCCUGAACGGUACACUGGAUAACUGACACUUCCUCGAAUGCUAAAUGAUCUCCAAAGCUUUUUUUUUAUAUGGUAUUAAGGUAAAACAUUUUAUUUUACUUGGUAUUAAUAUGAAGAUGGUGCAUAUUUAUAGGGCAUUGGACAUUGAACAAAAAAAAAAUAGAAAAGUGAAAAAAAACUCUUGAAAACCUUGAAGUGCUAUUUUUUUCAGGAAGUAUCUGUGAACGAUAUAAAUAUUGUGAAUAUAUUUUUACAGCGUGCAUGAAACUAUAAAAACCAUAUAGAGAAUUUUCUUUAAAUUCUGUUAAAUAUUCAUAUAGAUAUAUAAAAAAGUUUUAAAUUAA